CGUAUCGAUUUCUUCGCAAUCUUCGUACGACGGUCCCAGUACGAGUAAAGCGAGAGGGAGAGAGAAAAGAGAGGAUAAUAUAAAUAUUCGGGCGGCAAGUUUUCGAAUAUCAAUAUCGCCUUUAUCGGGCGGUGGCGACGAGUUUAAACUCUUGAACUCUUCUUUGAAAUAUCUGAAGAAUCAGCAGGUAUGUUAUUCUUAUGUUAUUUAUUUUUUAUAGCAAUGAGACUAUAUUAAAUGACAUAUUUAUAUUUUUUGUUUUUGUUCCUGACUUGAAUGCUAGCGGGAUGUAAUAAAACAAAUAGUUGUGAAUGCUCACGACUAAAGUCUAUUUUUCUAUUUUGGGCAUAUGCAAAUUCCGGCCGGUAAUAAUUCGAAUGUACAUCGAAACAGGUACUAUAAAUACAUAACUAACCCAACCCAUUUCCAACCCAACUUACCUGAAAGUGGCCGGAGUUUAGAAUUGGCCCCUAUUUUAUUGGCGAUGGUGCCAAUUUUAAUAGAGAUUUAAAUAAAAUAGAUAUGAGUCUAUACCAUAUGCAAUGUCAUAUAUUUACUUGAUUCCAGGCUUGAAUGGUAGCCUGAUGUGGGAAAUUAAGAAUUAUUUUAACAGAAUUACUAAAAUGCUUUAUUGAUAUUAAUGAGAAUAUCUUUAAUGUAGUGUUUCUCUUGUUGCAGAGAAUAUUAUUGGGACAGGACUUUCCGAGGUAAAUUUACCCGACCCAUCAUCUCUAUUAUUCAUAUAUUGGGUGAGAAAGAAAAAUCUCCCGAGCCAUGUGGUCCUAAAAUACAUAAAGAUUUGGCUUCUCGUUGGGGCAAAAUUUUAAAGUCUGGUUUGGCUGUUGAAGACAGAAAGAAUCUUUUGUCUAAACUGGCCCCACCCGAGAAUUUUAAAGUGGUGUCCCCCCUCUGCACCAAUGCAGCAGUGCAAAAGGCGAUUUCGCCCAGUAAUUUCUUGAGGGAUGAACGUCUUGCAAAAUUACAAACGCAAGUGGCUGCAGGUCUUUUCCGGCGUUGCCCAGGUAUGCAGUUUAAUUUUGUCAGAAGAGGGGGGAGGUAACAGGCAAUAUAUUGAAUUGCUGAGUACUACAGUGCGGUUAUUAGCGAAUUUAUGGCACUUUAAGAAUAUGACAAGAAGGGAAUUAAUCUCGAUGAAUGUCAAAGGAAUUUCAGGAGGCGAAUAAAGAAAUCCCUUUAGAUACUUGCCUCGUCGGAGAAAACUUGGAUGAAAGGAUGAAGGCGACAAAGUCGUCUAAGGAAUAUGGCAAGAUUUUGAGAGCAAAACCUCCCAAAAAUACGUCUCGAGCGCCUACUUAUCAAGCUCCAUCUUCAAUCCGACGGACCCAACCCAACCCAAACCGUUCUUUCAACUAUCGAGCUCCAUCUCGUCAUCAAGUGGGAACAAUACGACAGAGAAGCCAAUCUUAAACCAACAGACCAGUUCCUGUUCCUCCACAACAACAGCAGUACAGGUACAAGCAACAGCUGAGGCAACGGGGGCGAGGGAGGACGUAUCGUUAGGCCAUGCACAGGUCAGUGCAGGUAGAUUAAAAUAUUUUCACAAUGAGUGGGAAACGCUUUUUAGAGACAGUAUUACAUUACGUUGGAUCAAGGGUUUUAACCCUUUGCGGUCGUUGUCAUGUCUGACAUGACACCAGGCGUAGUCGUUCACGUUUACACAAAACUUUGCUUUGAGAUCGUUUGUCAUGCCCUACAUGACAAGGCAAAAAGCCGAUUCUACUCGUUGUCAUGUCUCUCAUGACACAUUUUCAAAGUCGAUUUACUCGUUAUUCAUUUAUACCAUGACAAAACCGAUAACAAAUUUGAAUUCCGCGGGAAAUUUUAUUUAGGAAUACACAUGCUUUUUUUAUGCAAGUCGUGACUUAUUUGGCAACCUUGCGAUUUUUUUGUUGAGUGCCGGUCGCGACAAAUACACGUGCAUUCUUAUUUAGUCUUAUUUGAGUAUUUGAGAGAGUUAGGUAUGCAGAUUUUGUUUGUGUUUUUUUAAUAUUUUGUAAGAUUCGGAUGUUUGUUUAUAGUUAUAAUUAUGGCGAAAAGAGCAUUAACGGACACGGAGUUAGAGGAACUAUUAUACGUAGACGAGGAGGAGUUUGACUUGGAUCAGUUUAGUUCAGAGAGUGACGAAUGGGAGGAUAUAGAUCAAAAUCUCAGUGAAAAUGAUUCUGACGAAGAAUCUGAGGAACGUGUUUAUAAUUUAAAUUUAUGGAGGCCAUGGACAGCAAAUGAACCAAGAUUUAAAAUAUUCCCUUUCUUAGAAGAUGUUGGAUACCAUCCACCACGAAAUAACCAGCCAGUGUCCGAACUAGAUUUUUUCAGUUAUUUUUUACGGACGAACUUAUACAAGCAAUUGUGGAUGAAACAAAUAGAUAUGCUGCAGAAAAAAAUUUAAUAAACACGCCGCUCACAAAAAGUUCAGUUUGGAAGUCGUGGAAACCAGUCACAUUAGAAGAAUUUAUGGCAUUUUUGGGCGUUUUACUUAAUAUGGCCUUAAAUCCAAAGACCGAACUAUCUGACUAUUUUUCUAAUAACUGGAUCGACCAUCAACCCUUUUUCAAAGAUAUUUUUUCGAGGGACAGAUUCAUGCAAAUUUUUUGGAAUCUUCACGUUUCUUCACCCGAAGAAGAGCAGAUGGGAGUGAAGAGUCGUAGCGCCAAAGUGAAAAAUGUGUUAUGGUAUCUGGAAACACAAUUCAAGAAGUUUUAUACUCCAGAUAAGAAUAUUUCUGUAGACGAAAGUACUAUUGGUUUUAAAGGCAAAGUAUCCUUUAAAGUUUAUAAUAAAGCCAAACCUACAAAAUGGGGAAUAAAAGUAUAUGUGCUUGCAGAUUCAAAAAAUGGUUACAUAUUUACGAUGGAGCCAUAUUUGGGAACUCAAACAACCCAGGGAUUGAUACGCCCAGAUUUACCAGCAACCGCCCGCAUAGUAGUUCAUUUGGUGCAAAAACUUCUUAAUUCUGGAACUGGUUCGGGAGGUUACCAUAUAUUUAUAGAUAGAUAUUAUUCAAGCCCUUUGUUAGCACGCGAGUUACAUAAAAUAAACAUACAUGUAACGGGUACUGUAAUGGCUAAUCGACAAGGAAUUCCGACAGAAUUAACUACCGCAUAUACAAGAAAAUUUAAAGAAGGCGAGAUGGUAUGGAAAGAUAAAAGAGUUGUUCUUAUGUUAUCUAGUGUAUAUGACAACUCAGUACAAAAUAAAACCAGGCGAACGAAGACCGCUAAAGGGCGUUGGAUUGAAGAAGUCAUAGAAAAACCUACAGUUAUAUAUGAGUAUAACAAAUUUAUGGGAGGGGUUGACGUUGCUGAUCAUUAUGCAGCAAGCUACCAAUUUUUGCGAAAAACAAGUAAAUGGUGGCGAAAAGUAUUUUUCUGGUUAUUAGAUGUGUCGAUAAAUAAUGCCUUUAUAUUACAAAAAAUAGCAACAAAUAAUCAGCAACUUCGAUCGAGGAAUUUCAGGAAAAAAUUAGUUAUUCAAUUAGUUGGAAACUACAGAAAUACAUCCAGACAAUAA